CUAUUCUUGGCAGCACUGGAACUCGUUUUUUUCUAUUCUUGGCAGCACUAAAUGGAAACUGUCGUGCCAGCAAAAAACAAUUUGCAACACAGAUUUUUGUGUGGUACAGAGAUUGCAUGACCAAUUGCACUUUUUCACGCCUGGAAAUAUUUGCUACUGCUUAUCUUCUUCUCUUUCAGUCCAGGAACAAGAACAUCAAUACCACAGAACAAGAACCACUAACACCUUUUUACCCCUUCCAGCAUGUCGUCUAGCGUACAGCAUCUCACGUCGCGGCUAUGCAUUGCCAAUGUGUCUGUGUCUGGAGAUGGAACCUUGCAGGCUUUCAUGCUAAGUUCGGCUCGUGAUGCAAAAAUCUUGUACUGUGUUGCAUGAUUACCAAAAGGGGUCUACUUCUGCCCCAAUGGAAAGGGACUUUGUCAUGCGUCACUGGUGCCAUGGGUCAUGCAAAACCUGCAUGGCAAGUCUUGCACUCUUCCAGGAGACCCAGAAAUAUUUGCAACCCAUACUGGCUCGACAGAAAGGAAAUCGAGAUGCUGAAUCGCACCUACGCGAUGCCGCUUGCGGAACAGAUACAUCACCUGCACGCGGAGCAGAAUUCGGCUACCAGUGAUGAAACGGAGCGUGAUAGGAUGAACGCACUUUUUUCUGACGAAAAUGAGCCGGCCGACCGGGACGAACAACAAGAGCAACAGAACUACAACGGGAUGCUGGAUUUACGAAUACAACAGACUAUGGCGUGUUUACGAAUACAACAAACGCGCCGGCAGGCUGCAAACGGCUCUGCCCAAAGAAGGGAGGUUACAAGAACCGGCCAGACAACCAUCGCCGCCCUGCGGGAAGCCGACUUCAACAAAUUUAUUCUUCCUUUGAUUCUUCGAAGCCGAAGCCAAAGCCACAGCCAGCAGCAGCGCGACGCAUCAGCAUCCUCUACUGCACGCGGGUCGUCGUCCUCCGAUGGAGAUCAUCACACAGCGAAACUACCAGUGUUGUCCGAACGAGAACCUGCUCCGUUCACUAACUGGGACGAGUUCGUGCGCGUGCUCGACCAGGAGCGAACCAACUUGUACAAUGAACCGGAAGACGCAGUUCAGGUUGAUUAUAUCCAGUGUAAAAAGGUACUAUCCGUGGUCAGGUACUAGAUGGGAUCGGUGCAGGAGCUACACUAGCGCAGCACUUUUGCGAAUCCGGCAUGACAAGUUUCGAUCUGGGGUUUGUUGCUGCUUGGCAAUCAAAGACGCAUUGCAAAGUCAGUUCGCAAAAGUCAGGACUGGAUAAUUGCGCACCGACGUAGUUUCCCCAUGUAAUGAGAUUUUGCAUCGCAAGUCCGGGAUAGGGACGUUUCUACACAGGAUAAUGGUCAACGACGGGGGUUUAUCAUCGCCACCGACGUCCGCUGAUGUCGCUGUUCAGGACGUCUUCAGAGAACAAAACAGCUUCGAGCAAAACGCUUUUCCGGGCGAAACGCUUCUCCCACAAGAAGUAGACAACAUCCGCCGACCACUUGCGGAGCGUUCAGUGUCGUGGAUACCCGAACAUCCCAUAAAAUUCGGUCCCGACCCCAGGGACUUUCUACGCCACCUGCGCCAAGAACCGGUGCCAAUCCAGCGUCUUCGCGUGGAGCAGAAUUUGAAUGGCACCACCAACAAAAAGGAAAAACGUGAUCGACUUGUAUUCUUCGCUCGUGACAAUGAACCAGCGGAAUCGGACGGACAGCAGAAGGAACAGGACGAGAAGAUGAUGGCCCUACGACUGCAAGCUUUGCACAAGGUGGCGGCGGCCAACGAGGAUCUGGAUGCUGCGGAGAAACAGCUCAAGGAGGCCCAGGCAAACGUCGACGCAAAGCGGAUGCAAGUGCAGAAACACCUCCACGAAGAUGGGGAUUUACUGCAAGAGCUCAUCAACUUGCCUCAGGAGGAAGCCCUUGCGACGCAGCUUCAGAGGAUUUUCCGCCACGUUCCGCAUUUGGAAAACCCAUCGCUCGCUUCAUCUUUUAGUAUUAGAAGAUAAUUUGAUUUUGAAAUUGAUUUUCUAUAUUGUAAUCAUACCCGUGUAGCUACAUGGCACUCGUCUUCGAGUAGUAUAAGUGUGAACUUACGGUAGUGUAAGGAAUGUCAGCAUGACAUUAUUUUGCAAAUUUUUUCAUCGUGGCCUCUGUGGCAUCGGGGCAAUCUACACCACGAGUAAGACGAUCUUUUCGCACGACAUCGAAGAAUAAACAAAACAAAAAUCAUUUCAACAGGACCGGCUUCGACACUGAGUGAGGAUGUGCCGAUGGCAGGAAUGACCCCCGAUGACAGUCAGGAGCGACCACGAUAUGAUAACAGGAAAAGAUCACAGUGCCUUCCGACAGCAUUUUCAUGAAAUCACCACCGGGUCACAAAGAAAAACGAAAUUCAAUCACUACCAUCUUCAGCUUUUGUAAAAAAUAGAACCGAAAUAGAACCUCUUCUUCUUUGGCGUUGUGACCUUUUGUUGGCAUAUCCAUGACCGGAUUACCUUCCCCAUGCACGACGUGAACACCUGCCCAGCGGUGCAACAGCCUUUCGUGGAGGUGGAUGACCAAGGAAUGAACAGCGGUCUCCUGACGAACUACAGCCAUGCGAAAAAACCUAUCAAAUGGGACGGUACUUAUUGCUAUUUGUCGUUGCAGUAAUUCAACUUCAACUCUACCCGGAAGACGAAGCUGCUAAGUGUAAGCAUGACGCUCGAUGGUCAGGGAGAGCAUGUGAGUGUGAUUUUUAAGAUUCUGCGAAAGUCAUUACAUCUUCCGACCGGUGCAUGACACGUGUAGUAAUGCAGAUUUGCUCGGAUUUGAUCAUUUUGGCGACACUUCACUGCAGCACCGUCAGGCAACGUGACCCAGGAAACCUCAUCCAUGCGCAAGCAGCUGUUAUUGGAGGUGCCGUGCCACGGCAGGCUGGUCGAUGGCGAGCAAUGCCCGGAACUAGCGGCCAUGGCGGCUGAUGCAGAUCAUAUGGCGAUGAAACGGUCUUUUCCCGUCCCUGGAACAUCGACGUCCGCCGCAUUUGAGCCGCAGUCCGAUGUUCCGCCCCCGCCACCUGAGGUGCGCGGCCCCCCGUCCGUGCGGUUCACCAAUGCCGGCGACGAGUUGCUCUUCAACUUUCAUCCGGAUUUCGGGGCGCCUGGCAAGCUGCUUACAGCAGACGAACCGACCGUCAAGGAUGCCUGUGUAUCAACUGCAAUUGUGUCUGGGGCUGAUGAAACAGGAGUUCUUGAUACUACUUGCUUACCAAUAGCGAUUCAUGAGCCGGUCAUCAAAAUUUGAUUCUCAACAGCUGUGCAUCCGAAAUUCAAGUUGCCCAUCGGCCCGGCUGAGCAUGACAAGUAAGUACCUACUGAUUUUUCCAAAGUUGGAGUCCCAGACAUACUUGUAUUGCAUACUGCGAAGCUUUCAACAGUUUCGUCUACAGGACCGGCCAGGAGUACGAGCACUUCAUCCAACGAGAAGAGCUGCUCGAGUCUAAGUGGUACCAGUCGGACGACCCGUCGGACGAGACCGGGUGUAGCAGAGUGGACUUUCCCGUAGUCCGGAUGCACUUCGACGGCCUGCCAGAUACUGCAAAUGAAGUUUUGCGGCGGUGUUUAAUAACCCCAGAGUUUUGCGGGGAGUUGCGAGUGAAGGGCUUCCGCUCAUCGCAGCCCGACCAAGUAGUAGGCUUCGUCCGCCAGGGGUUUCAUUUCGACCUCUUCUUCACGACGAGGUUUCUGCACACUCUUUCCUAUCGCGACGCAUAUCCCGUGAAAUUUUUGCAGGGCCCGACUUCGAACGAGGAGUUGGCCGCGAGGUGCAUCAGGGCAGAAGGUGACCGCUGUCUCCGGAUGAAGUACACCGCUGCCGAGCUUCAGGCCCUGCUCGACUGGAUCAGUCCCAGGUUCAGAGACAUAUCGGGCGCAACGGCGGAACGCGAACAUCGUGAUGCGGACCACGCGAGGUGGGAUGAAGAUAGGGCAUCUGGCCGUCUCACAGAUAUAAUACCUGAGCGUCGCGCUCGCAGCUUUAUUCAGUGCAAACAUGUUGUCUGGAUCAAUCUAUAAAGGCGUAAACUUGUGAUGCGCAGCAUUUCAGAUCACUCGAAAUAUGUGUGUCAUCCGUGAACAGGGAAAGUCGGUGAAAAAUUCUUGCUACAGAGAGCGGGGGGUUGGCAUGCGAGAUGGAAAUAGUAACUGAUAGGCAGCAAUAAGGUAUAUUUGCACGAAAACCUGUGACGUUAGAGCCUGCAUGCUAGCCUUCUCAUGUGUCAUGCAAAAGUCGUGUGGAUAGAAUAGACUUUGCAUUCUUCCAGACCCAGGGAUAUUUGCAAUGCAUACACCUGCUCUCAACGGGGGACGGGCCAUAUUUCGAGUUUGCCACCGGAUUUUCGGUACUCACAGCUUGUAUUGAAAUGUCUUGGAUUAUUUGGUGUCGGAGUGUUCUGCGCAGCAAGUACCUUCGAAAUAUAAUUGUAAAAGAGCAUUAUCGCUUUUAUUGUUAUUUCAUGCUGGUUGCCAUCGUGGGAAUCUGUCAUGCGCAUUCUAUUUGUAGAUUAUGAAGUUUUUUCGUCACUCCUCUCCUGAGCAACACUACAUUACAGAAGAAGAGCGUUCUGGAGGCCUUCGACGGCAUUAGCCUGCAAGACGGCGAGGUGGUUGUCGAGCUUGACUGCGACGCGUCAGAGCGAGAUUUUUUCCUACACGUCGCCGACGUGUGGGCACAUCGAGAAGUCCAGUGGGACUCACGCGCUUGGGGAAAACAAGUCCUGGUGCGACAUGCGAGCCACGUCCUAGAGACCGCCAAGCGGCCUAUGCAUUGUAAAAUCAUCGUAACACUAACACGCAGAAGGAGAAAUGGAUUUUGAAAUACUGAUCUGUUCACUCUAUGUAUGAAUGAUGUUUAUGUCGUGACGAGAGGAUUUGUCAUGCAGUAUUGCAGUUACUUUAUCUUUACCUUUUUAGUCACAGUACGACCGCGAUGCUUUUGCAGGGGAUACAGCUGAUCGACCAAUACUUCGUCAAAGAGGAGCUCCGAAAGCGGUUUCCGAGGCAUGACCCCCUCCUUGCCAAGUUCGACCUCAUGGACCCGUACUACCUCCGACACUGCAUUCGUGACUGCUUCCAGAAUAUGCAAGUUUGCAAAAGUACCAGGUGCGUGCACGACGUCAGAAGGUUAUCUUGAAAUCAGUUAUGUGUCAAUCAAUUUUGUUGAUUCUACCCGUAGUACACCCCGGAGUACGGAGAAAAUAUGCAUAUUCGCCGCAUUGUUCGAAACGAACUGUCAUGCGCACUGCCGCUGUGAAGGAAUAUUUCCUUUCUAUACGGUAUCCGGUAUUUCAUCUUGAGUGUUUUUUUCACCUUGUAGAGACCACCUUUGAUCGAUUGCACAGCUCGGGGUCUUUUCAGUCUGAUACGGUCGUCUGCUGGGGGAACCAAGCUGCUGUUUUCUAUCGUGUGAAAAAGAAAUAUCUUCACCCGAGCCAAAAAUGUUUAUAUAAUGUGUUUGAGAUUGAUGUCAUGCGGUAAGAAAAACUUGAGAAGUUGUAGUUCUCCUUCGCAGCCUGAAAAUUUUUUUUGCUCGGGUUAUUGCAGAAGCUUUUUCAGCACGAUAUAUUUUUGCAAUGGCGAGCAGUUGGACCCGACGAGCGACAUGCCAAUCGCAGACCUACUGGCGUAUGGGAGCGUCAGGACCCAAAUCGGCAAAGUUGAAAUAUUUCAUUACUUAUGCAGAAAUUGAGGAGGCAUGACGUGCAUGUACUGGAAAGCAGGGAAGUGAGCCCGGUUGUAAGCUUGUUCAGAGAUGGAGAGAAAGCUGCUGCAGUAGGACCAUGGAAAAAGAUGUUUUCUUCGGCGAAACAGCAUGACAAACUGGAUUUAGGUACUGCCAAUAUUUGUCAUGCGCUGCCUAGAAACUGGGAAACAGCGGUUACCGGUUUUAUGCAUGGCUAAGCAUAAUCACUAUUUCAGCUUUGUCCGGUUCGAUCCUGAUGAACCCUCCAUAUGGCGGCGCCGCACUGUAGUGACGGAGAUGAGGUGGACCGCGAAACGGCCGAAGAACAGGAGUUGCAGAUUUUCGUUGUCACCCAGCCCCUCACCGGAAACUGGAAGUACCUGGAGUAACGUCAAAAUGAACAACUGGAAGGUAGUACCUAGAGGACACGGCUUUGUCGCAUCAGCAAUCAUGAUGUGAAACUCGUUAUCGCGAACCUAGACAGUCGUGACACUACGUCUUUGAACUGGAGAAAAAGAGCAUCAACACGAAAUAAAUGCAAUUUAGAGACCUCCCCUUUUCGUCAUCUUCGCGCCGACUCGUGUGAUAAAUCCACUGUUUCGCCCGGAUGUCUUGAUUAAGAUCACGCACCAAUAGUACAAGAAUCAAACUGGUGCUUCCUCAGGGUGGGUGCGACGAAAAAGGCUAGAUAACAAGGAAGAUGACAAGGCUGGUCAAUAUGCUGGCUUUCGACCACCAGCAGACAACAAAACUGUAAUAAACGAUGAUGAAAAUAUUGAGGAUCACACUAAUGAGGAUAGUUGCUGUACUUGAACCAAAGUAAGUACAGCAUGGAGCUCUAGUUGUACAGUGCCCGCGACGAGUAGUUGACAACAAAGCAAG